AUGCGCCCGGUUGUUCUAAGUGUCUUGAUAUUAACUUUGGUCACUCUGACAAGGACUGAACCAGGAGAAAGCUGUGAAGACCACUUCAGAACAGUAUUCGGCUUCGUUUGCCACAAAGAUGUCCAAAAUUCGCUUCGACAAUUUAUAUGUCAUAUUAACAGAAACUUGAGGUAUAACGGACCAUACAGCUUGAGACCUCAGUCUAACUCCAGCUGUCAGGAUUGUAUGAGUUAUCAAGAAUGGACGAGAAAAAUACUGCAAACUAGAGAAUUCGAAGAUGUUUUCCUUCUCCUAACGAGGAGUGUAUGUCAAUUGUCUGGUCGGAUGUCUCGAAAAUGUGAAUCGAUAUUCAGCUUGCUGUUAGACAUGAUGAACAACGUGCUGAAGACGUAUGACGCCAAGGAGUUGUGUGAAAAACUCGGCUCAUGUACUGACGGGCUAAUGAGUAAAGGAAGGAAAAUCCUGUAGACGGUGAGUCAAAUGAACUGAAUUUAUAAAUGUUGAAUUUUGUGGACGAAAUGCAACAAGUUCACAUGAAGCAAACUGAGUUUUUGAGUUUGAGAAUAUCCAAGAUGACAAUGAGAUUUAUAUUCAACUGAGCGUAACUUCUAUUCUGCCUUGUAUACUAAGACAACAACAAUUAUAGUAGCAUUGAAGGCGAAGUUAUUAUUUUUCAUGUUAACCACUUUAACUACUCAAAUACUUGUCAGUAAUACUAUGAGCAGAAAGCGUUAUUCAGUGAAGACAAGAAUAAACAGUUGGUUCAGAGAAUAUUAUUAAAUGUAUACAAAUUUUGUCCGAUGAGAUCUGAAGAGUACACACAGUGAAAAUCCAAUUCCCACACCCUUAAUUGAUUGACUCAUUUAAGUAGAGCAUGAACCCUAACGCCCUAAUAUUUGCUGUGCAAUAUGCAAAUAAAUCCAUAAAACAUUUUCGUAAGUGUUUGUGUCCCAGUUGUUUCUGAUAUUAGAAUUCCUAUCAAUACAGUGUAGAUUGUCACUAAUUUCAAGAGUACAUAACGUCGUUGGACGAAUGGAAGGGCAUUCCCUUAUCCUUUCUCACUCUCAAGUACUCCGUUGAACUUUGUGUUUAUUGAAUUCAUACAUCUCGAUUUGUUGACUGAUUACUUUUGUCAGCGAAUAAACCGGUAAAGGAAGUCUAGAAAUUGGGAUGCUCUAGGAAAGACGUGGGUGUUUGUCUAUCAACUGGUAUAGUGAAUUCAUCUCAAGAUUCUCUACCUUACAAAACUUUUGUUUCGC